AUGCCGGGAGGGGUGCAGAGACCACCGCCUCCCCCGCACUGCAGAGCGAGUGGCACUGGAAUCUCCAUUGGACCGGAGCUGGAAGGGGUGGGGAUCAGGCUGGGGCUCCCCAUCCACCCCGAGGGAGCCCACAGCCCAGAUCCCCCAAAAGGGGCGAGGGUCGCACAGCGCCCCCCCCCCCCCCCGGACCCGCCGCAGGGCGCCCCCAAGCGGCCGCCACGGGAAGGGGGCGAGCAGCACCGGCCACGCCCCCUCGUGGGGGUAGACCACGCCCCCUCCCGCCAGGCGCGCACCCCCCCCCCCCGGGGGGCUCACACCCCCCCCACCCUGAACCCGGAUUCGGGUCGCGGCCCCUUUAAAUGGAGGCGCCGCUCGGAGCCCUCAACGCGCUGCAAGCCGACGGGGGGGCGGCGGCGGCGCCCUAUUGGCUGUGCGGAGCGAGGGACGCGCUCUGAUAGGCCGCGGUGCGGCCGGGGCUCGCGAGACUUGCUCACCAGCGGCUGCCGCGGAAACGCGGAGCGGAGCCCCGAGCGCGGGAGCGGCGCCACAGCCCGGAUCGCCACGGGCGCCUGGAAAACCUGGGGCGGAUCCACCCGGCGGAGCGGGUCCGGGCGGGCGGGCAGCACGGAGCCGGGCGCGGGCGACGGCCGCGGUCUGGCGGGGCACGGCGGGGUGCGGGGGUGGAGCACGGCGGGGGUCGCGGGCCUGAACGGGGCGCCCCGGUUCCCGCCGGUGCCCACGCGGCCACCCGCAAAGCGCGGAGCGGAUCGCACGGAAUGGGCUCGCCACCCCGCUCCCCGCCCCCCCCUUAACCCUCUCGCUGCCGCCUCUCCCGGCCCCAGCCCCGCUGCCGUCCCGGGGCGUCCGGUCCGGCCGCACCGCCACGGCCUCUACCUGCCCGCGGGGGGACCCACCCGGCCGAGCCCGGGCGCCGCCACCGCCUCCCCGAAGCCGGAGCGUCUCCCCGGGGCGGGACCGCCCGGGCCGGCGCCCCCCAUUCCCGGCACCGCCUCCCCCGGGAUCCCCUCCCGUGCCGCGCUCCCGCCGCACCGCGCGGAGCCCGGCACGGUGCGCUUCCCCAGCCGUGACAGCGCCCACCCGGCCUCGCCGCCCGCGGCGCCCCUUCCCGCUCCCUCCGUGCCCCCCGCCUCCCCGGGGGUCUCCUGCCGGCGGGACCCGGGCCCCUCCUCUCAGCGGGGCGGCAUCCAGCUCUCGGCCGCGCGCUCCACCGGGGGCUCUGCCAUCGCUCCCGCCCCCGGGACCCCGCGGCUGAGCGUGGGCCGGGAGCGGGGCACAGCCGGGAGCGGGCGCUCCGCGGGGGCUGUGAGCCCCGGGGUCACCGCGCCCGGCAGCGCGCUGGCCGCGGGCGCGGCACCUGCCCCGCUGAGGCUUUAUUGCAAGGCGGCGGAACGAAACCCGCCCGAGGCACGAUGCGAGCGCGCUGCCAGGGGCCGGAGCCGCCUCCCCGCAGCGACGGGCACGGCGUCCGGACGACGCGGGGGAGCGCGCGGCUGGACGCGGCCAGCAGCGGGCACGGGGAUGGACUGUGUCUGGAGGAGAGCGGACCGGCACAGGGCGGCCCCGCGGCGCUGCCCGGCCCCGGUGCCCGCAGGCCGGGGCGGAGGGGCCGAGCCGGGCCCGCCCCGGGGCCAUCCCGGGGGCGCGGCGGGGCGGCACGCGCUCGGCACCGCCGCUGGCCCUUUAAAAGCGCGCGGCCCCCGCGCGCCCCGCACCGCGCCUGCGCGCCGCGCGCGGGGCGGCUCGCGGCGCUCCCUUUGUCCCCCGCUCGCCUCUCACCCAAGCUUGGUGCCCGCCGCCGUGAUUGGCAGCGCGCGCUGCCGCGCCGUUGACCAAUGGGGUCCGCGCACGGCCAGCAGGUCCCGCCCCCUUACGGCGGCCGCUGUGAGUGACGGCGGGCUUGGCCAGUUAGCGGCGCGGCGGCGGGCGCCAGGUGGCCAAUAG